AUGUCUGGGAUGCGAGGAUCCGGAUAUCGACUUCGUGAUAGUCGAAGCAAAGAAGUAUUUCAGCCGCCGUAUCUGUGGAGUAGUAUGAAUUCAAACUUCCCGGUUACAAUCGACAAGAGCUUCUCCCCGGUGAGUAUGAUCGGCCACAAGCUACGGCGGCCAAAGCAGGGUGGAGAGAAAGAACAAAAGCUAGUGUCUACGCAAACUCUUGUUAAUGCCACUCGCGUUGCUGUAAUAAAAAUCGCGAUGCUCAGUCGACGAUCCACGGCUUCGUAA